AUGGAGGAAAAUAUUUACAUCAAUCAAGACAUAUGGUGGGGGAGCGAAAAUUGGAGCGAAUAUCAAUACAAUAAGGAUCAAUACAAUGAAUAUUGUAAUAAUGAUCCAUAUAAUGAUGAUUGUUGGUGGACUGGUGAUUCGGCUCAAAACCAACACCAUGAAUCACUUUAUUUCUCGAAGGACCAAGAAUCAGAUGAAUCUUCAUUCAGCAAGAAGUUGGAUCAAAUGUUGUAUAUGUUAAAUGAAAUCUUCAUCAAAGAAGAAGACAACUCCAAAUCAAUUUCGGCUAUUGAAAAACAAUUAGAACAUAUAGCGGAGAAAUUAAAUGAACAACCUUCAGACAAUAUUUCAGACACUACCCAAGUAAAUGAGGUAAGUUUUCUCUGCAAUGAAAACGUUGUGCAUAAUCCUACACCACCCAAACUUGAGGUUGUAGUGGAGGAUGAUGUACCUUUAAAUGAUAAUGAUACCCAAAGGAUGUUCGAAAUUAAAGAAGCUGUAAUUGAAUUUGAAAAGUCUAAUGAAGAGUUUCAUGAGUUGGAAGAGUCCAAAGUUGGGGAGGGGUUUGUGGAGGCUAAUACCACCCCCUACCCAACAAUUUUGAAAAAACCUGAAAUACAACUUCUUGUUGUGAUAGUUUCUUAA